UCUACCUGUUCUAACUGUUUGCUUUCUGUUUCUAGGACAAGGAGCUUCAAGUGUUUCUCUGACUCCGGAUCGACCUCCGUUUUUAUAUUUUCGACCGCUACUUACAGACUGUUCUUUGUCUGCCUUUCGUCAACAUAACACGGAAGGCAGGCAAGGAGAUUUACAGCUUCUGGUAUGUUCCCGGUCGAAGGUGGGUACUUGCGCUCUGGAUCGUCGCCACCGAUUCGUCCUCCGGCUGUUUGGCUGCUACCGUGGCUGCUAUCUGCGAAGUCGCUGGCUUCUGGGCUGCUCCGCUUUUGCCAUCCUUUGACUUCAGCUUCGGGCAGUCGAAGGAUGGGUCAUCGAAACUUCGAUGACCCACUGCCUUGCAGUAGAAGCAGCUUGCUCCUGCCGCUGAUGAGCCAUCCUCUGCUGCUCCAACAUCCCUUGCAUGGAUAUCAGGACCUGAUGAAGCAGAGCCGCGGAUGCCUGUUCUGAAGAGCCUGCCGAGCCCUUCCUCUGCUUGCUCGCCGCCGCUGCUCUCGCCGCUUCUUCCUGCACGUUAUGCUGCCCCUUCUGUUCAAGCUUUUCUAGCGAAUAUGCUUCAAAUUUGGAUUUCUCCAUUGCUAGAAUAGCACGAGUCUUCACCAUACGGCCUACACUUCUCUCAGCCCUCUGCUAGGCGGGUAGUGGGUGGGGUCCGAAGUUGUAAAUCGUUCCCCAAGGAAAAGGAUAUUGUAGGAUGGGAUUUGAUGAGUGGAUAACCGGGCGAGAGAAAUAACUUGUAACACCGAUUUUAAUUGAAAAGACACCACUGUAUAUAUAUCUGAAUAAACUAUAAGUAUAAAGAACAAAAGACCGAAACCGACUCUCGAGACUAGAACUUUUCUACGUCUGUUCUUAGCCCCGUCACAAAGGAGAGUCCCCGAGUGUCCUCUCUGGAGCGGACUCGGAGCGAAAUCGGAGCACGUGCUCUCGUUCCGCGCGAUCGCUCAUGCACGCAAAAAAAUGACUUAGGAAUAUCAGCUAAAUUGCAGUAGCUGCUUUGUAUUUAGUUAAAAGGCUAAGUGUUUUGCUGCCAUUGCUAAAAGUUGGUGACUAUAGAUAAAAUUCAAUCACUGCGAGAUACAACUUUAUUAGUUGAAAAAAUAGCGCACUUUCGCACUAGCAGCUAAGAAAGUAGCAGUUACUGCGAAACAUAUUACGCGCGCGAGCACCAGCCUACGAGUAGUUCGCCGGCCGCCGCUAGGCCGCGCAUGGUGGAGGGCGAAAAACUAGGAAGUAAAAUUCAGUCUCGUACGGUAUAUAAGGAAGCCGCGUGGAAGCCGGAAAAAGAAUUCCAGUGGAGAUAACUGGAUUACGAGACUGAAUUUUACUUCCUGCGCGU